AGCACCACUAUCAACGACAUUGUUGAAGAACAGAGUGAAAAUUGCAUUCAACCCCAUUUAAAUAAAUACUGGGAGAGUAAGUAGAUUAAAAAAAAGAAGGCUCACGACGAAUAAGUAAGAGCUUAUAAGAGCAUCUUACAGUCUAUUUCGAUGGCAGUUAUUGGUCUUUUGAAGGUGAAUAAACCGAGAAGAGGAAGACUUUUUGAUCUGAGUUGGAGGCAGCGGCCGGCGGCGGGAAUUUGCCGUUUCGGCCUCUGGUUUUUGUCGCUUUUGUCUUAUUUUUUUCAGUGGGAAGAAGAAAAGUGUUGGAAGAGCAGUAUUGUUGCUAUUGGUAUCUUAUGAGCUAUGGUGGAACAUAGCAAUCGGGUGAGGAAGCCCCGGAGAAAGAACUUGGAGCAACAACGCAGAGAGGCUGCGAUGAGGCGAAGACAGGAGGAAGAGAGACAGGAGCGAGAAAUCCAACAAGCAAGGAGGGAGAACCAGUUGAACAUCAGGAACAGUGGGCAGUUGAUCAAGAACCACUACAACAAGAUCACCAGGGAGUCCCGGAAUGUUGUGAGAGAGCAAUUGUCGACGUUUAAGUUGAGGAAUUACAACAACGCCAUCAAGUACAUGUUGUUUGGAAGAUUUAUCAAGGCAGGCGAUAGAGUGUUGGAUAUUGGAUGUGGAAAGGGAGGCGAUUUGUUCAAGUACAACAAGUGCAAGAUAUCAGAGUUAUUGGGUAUCGACAUUUCUGAUUAUUCCAUCAAGGAGGCGUUUUCCAGGUACACUGGGAUGAGAUACAGAAGCUUUUGCGCUACAUUUGUGACGGCUAAUCCAUUCAAGACUAAAAUACCAGACAUUUUAGAGGGUAUAGGACAUAUUCCUAAUCAGAUUCAGUUUCCAAUGGAUGCUGUUUCGAUGCAGUUUUGUCUUCAUUAUGCGUUUGAAAGUGAGGAACAAAUCAGAAUGAUGCUUGAAAAUGUCUCAAAGAGUUUGAAAGUUGGAGGGUAUUUUUUUGGUACCAUUCCCAGUUCUGAUUUUAUAAUUCAGAAAAUUCAAGUUACAAGAAAAAACAAUGAAGCUAGAAAGCAAAAGUUGGAAGAAGAAAGAAUGCAAAAACAGUCUCUUGAGGAACAGAACUCCAGCAACACUGGUGGAGAUCGGGAGGAAACAAAAGAGAAAGAGCAAGGACAAGGACAAGGAAAGGGAAAGGGAAAAGAACAAGAUGACGUUGAGAAUGAUGAUCCAUUUGCUCCUCCAAAAGAAGAGGAAACCACAGUGAAUUCCAUCAAAGAAGCGGAAACGUUUGAUGAUGAAGAAAUUAAAUGGGGAAAUUCCAUAUACUCGGUGACGUUUCCAAAGGUGCCUAAUGAAGAAUGUGAUUUCAGUCCUCCAUGGGGAAAUGUGUAUUAUUUUUACUUAAAGGACUCAGUCGAAAACGCUCCAGAGUUUGUGGUUCCCUUUGAGAGUUUCAGAGCAAUCGCAGAAGAGUAUCGAUUGGAAUUGCGUUACAAAAAGACGUUUGCAGAGUUGUUCAAGGAAGAGAUUCCCGAGUGGUUCAACAAUUUCUCUCCAAAGAUGUUGGAAGGAUUGAAAAGAAGCGAUGGAAAGUACGGCAUCAGUGGCGAGGAAGCAGAGGUAGCUGAUUUCUACCUUGCCUUUGCCUUUGAGAGGAUAUAGUUAGCGUUCUAAAUAGUGCAAAGUCCAAAGCUGGCCACCAAGUCACAUGAUUAUCUCGUGAUUAUUGCGUGAACAACGUCUAGGUAACCUGGCAAAGCAUACGCAUGUUUCUGCAGCACAGAUCCGUU